CGGACUUCAAACUAGCUCCGUCGCCAUUGGUUGAGAGAUCGUCAGUUUGAAUUCUGAAGCGGUUUAUUUAAAGAAGGAUUUUCGAACGGAAAUUUGUGAAUUCACCGAAGCUCGAGAAAAAUGGAAACAUUUGAAUUCCAUCUUCCCAUCUGCAGGAAUGAUCUCUUACGACGCAGUACAGCUAAUCAGUAUGUUGUUGAACUUAUUGGCUUUAGGCAUUUGCCUGGAGCCUUGGAAAACUUCAGAGUGACCAUGCGAACUGAGGGUUACCUGACCAUUUUAGAACAAUUUAAUGUUCCUUUCAGUAUCCUGUGUUCUGAUGCUGAAUCUUCUCAGGCUCUGCGUGAAAAUGUCUGGCAAGUUCUUCUCAAAGGUAUGUCUUCAUUUGUGAGAGGGCUACGAUGUUUGGUUGAGAAAUUUCCAAUACCCAACAACAGCAGAUUGCAGCACUUGAAUGCUCUUAAGAUGAUCUGUUACUUAAUGUCUCAGCUAUCUGAUAACUUUGAAGCUGAAGAAUCCAAGGUGAACAUGAUCCAGGGUCGUAAAAAGAAAUCAGCAGAUGCCUUCCAGACUAUUGAUUGGCCCUAUGAAAAGGAAGCAUUUCUGAAAGUUCUUUUGGAGUUGGUUGUGUUGGACCUCGAUAAGUUGUGGGAUCCACCUAUCGCUGAAGAAAACUUUAUCAAUUUGAUUAUCUCAUGCUGCUACAAUCUUCUGCAGAAUCCCAGUAUAACUCGGCAGAAGGAAACAAAGGAGGUUAUUGGCAACAUACUCGGUGUGCUGGUGAAACGUCAUAACCGAGCAUUAUGUAACAGUUUGAGGAUUUUGCAACUCCUACAACGUCAUGAACAUACCAUCAGCUCACUUGUACAGAUAACCGAGAUCAUUGUUACUAAGUACGGUGCAACCAACAUAGUGUUUGAGAUAAUGAGAGAGAUUGGUCGUUUGGAUUCUAAGGAGAUCAGCAAUAAUUCGUCCGGUACGAAAGCAUACGCUACUUUUCUAGUUGAUCUUUCUGCCAAGAUACCACAAGCGGUCUUCCAAAAUAUUAGCGUAUUGAUGCCCUGCUUGGAGAUGGACUCUAGCAUAAUGAGAAACUGUAUUCUUUGUGUUAUCAAAGAGAUUAUUGUAAAUGUGCUGAGUUCAGAGAAUUUGGAAGCUUCUUUGAAAAAAACCAAGGACCAAUUCUUCACUAUUCUCAAGGACCAUGUCCACGAUGUGCAUGCUUUCGUAAGAAGUAAAGUUUUACAGAUUUGGCUUGAGAUUGUCCAACAGCAGUGUUUACCAUUAUCUCAUCAAGAAGAACUCACAGGUCUUGUAGUGGGUCGUUUGAAUGAUAAAGCAGCUAAUGUCCGGCGCUAUUCCAUUCAGCUUUUGACUGCUUUGCUCCAGAUGAAUCCCUUUGCACAUAAGCUUCAAUAUGAAGAUCUGAUUGAAAGUUACAGACAAGAAAAAGAGAAACUUGAUAAAAUGUUGGAAGAAAAUAGUUCAUCUGAAGAUCCUGAUCUGGUACUUAUGAAGGAGAAAUGGUCAAGUCAUGAAAAUGCUAUGAUGGAAGUCUUUGAGGAACUUUCUUCUGUGUCUCCUGAUGACUAUGAAGAUAUAAUUGGUGACGAUGACACUUCAGACAGAAUUAUGAAUACAAUCGUUUCAACUAUUGACGAGAAAGAUUACAACAAGAGUCGUUUGUACUUGCUGGCUGCCAAUACCAUCUGGCCUGAUGUGUUUGUGUUGGAUUUGCCUCAGUCCGAUGAUUCAAAAGAAACUAAAGAUGAAAGUGAUGUUCCUGUGGAAGUUGUUGUAAAAGGAUUGAAAGAUGUCUAUUUAGGAAAACACCUAGUGUUGGGUGUGCCUAAAGCAGCUGUCAAUCCCAUUCAAAGCAGUGAAGUGGAAGUUAAUGAUCUGUCGAAGCAGCAAGUUUUAGUCCUAUAUUUAAAGGAUUCUUUGACAUUUAGUGGUCAGGUGAAAGAAGCCAUUCCAAUUCUGUGUCAGAUGUUACAUUCCAAGGUGAACUCUGACAUCCUUGAAGCAAUUGAAUUCUUUGUAACAAGCUUUGCCUUUGGAAUGCCCCAUAGCUUAGUUGGUAUCCGUAAGGUCUUGUUGUUGCUUAACUCUUCAAAGGACAGUACAAUCAAAGAAGCAGCUGUGAAUGCUUAUAAAAAAAUCUAUUUGAAUCUUGAUGCAGAAAAUGAAAGGAGCAAAGCUCUCAAAGUGGUUGAUAAUCUAACGACCCUGAUGAAAAAUAUUUCUUUGGAAGAGUUAAUUUCACUGGAUGCUGUGAUAGCAAAUUUCAUGAAAUCUGGAGAUUUGCACAUUUCCGUCAUCCAGGUGUUAUGGGAAAGGUUUGCCCUGAAGAUCCCUCGUACCACCCCUGAUGAGAGUCGUACUGCAUUGAAUUUACUCAUGAUGGCUGCUGGGGGUGACUCUAAAAUUAUCAAAAGCAAUAUCGCUGUACUUGUUAGCGAGGGACUGGGACCACGAGCUGAGAAAGACUUCAGAAUUGCUAAGGAUACAUGUUUGGCUCUUAUGAAGAUUGGUUCUGCCAAAAAGCAAAUUGGAAUGGCCGCGCCACCACCCUACCGCUUAGACAGAGACCAUGAGCUCUUUACACGACUUCAGGACUUGCUUCUGACAGGUCUCUUUGAUUUGGAAAAUGAAUUUUGGGUUCCUCUCUGUGACAAGGCUGUCUGCACAAUUUAUACUCUAUCUGAGAGUCCCGACCACAAGUGUGAGCAACUAGUGAAAGCUGUGGCAGAGAAGGUUCUCUCUUUGAAAAUUGAGUCAGACAGUGAUUCCAGUUCCAAUUGUCAGACUGGUGUGCUGGUACGGUUCGUCUUUCUCAUUGGCUGUAUUGCUCAUAGGCAGCUGGAGCACAUGAACAGAGACCUUCUUACUGAGAUGAAGCGAAGAAAUGCUUUGCUUGAGAAAUCUAAACUCAAAAAGAAAUCCCGAAAGAAUCCAGAUGUUACAUCAACCACUGCCAGUAGCACUUUAAUCGAGGAAGAAUUGGGUCUGACAGGAGCUUCAGCAGAAGAUGAUGAAUAUGAAUGCAUUAGAAAAGUCUGUGAAACAGAAAUUCUCUCAGGUGAAACUCUGUUAGCCAUUGUUGCACCUUUAAUUGUGAAUCUUUGCCGGAAUCAAUCAAAAUUCAGUAAUCCUGAACUCCGCACUGCAGCAAGUCUUACUCUCUCCAAACUGAUGCUCAUCAGCUCUGAAUUCUGUGAGAACAAUCUUCAGUUGCUGUUUACAAUCUUGGAGAAGUCCUCACUGCCAAGCAUCCGUGCCAACACCAUCAUUGCCUUGGGAGAUCUUGCUUCUUUGUUUCCUAAUCUUAUUGAGCCCUGGACUGCCCAUAUGUAUGCCAGAUUACGUGAUCCUUCCCCAUUGGUCCGUAGAAACACAGUCUCUGUUCUCUCUCAUCUUAUUUUGAAUGACAUGGUGAAAAUCAAGGGACAGAUUAGUGAAAUGGCUGUUUGCAUCAUUGAUGAAGAUGAAAAAAUAAAAGGAUUGGCAAAAGUAUUUUUUGUAGAACUUUCCGGAAAGGCAAAUGCUAUUUAUAAUAUCAUCGCUGAUAUUAUUAGCCGUCUCUCAGAUCCUGAAAUAGGAGUUGAGAAAGCCUCUUUCCAAACCAUUCUCAAAUUUUUGUUCUCUUUUGUCCAAAAAGGCAAGCAAACAGAAAAUUUGGCUGAGAAGUUGUGUCAGAGAUUCCGUGUAACAUCGACGGAGCGUCAGUGGAAUGAUUUGGCAUUUUGUCUGUCGUUGCUUACCUUCAAUGAGAAAUGUGUUCAUAAGCUGCAGGAUAACUUCAACUGUUACUCAGACAAACUGGCAAAUGACGAACUCUAUGAACAUAUGCUGUCUAUACUGAAAAAGGCCAGGACCCGUUGUAAGAUAGAAUUUAAGACUACCAUUGAUGAGAUUGAAGCCCAGAUAACUCAGUGCCAUACCAAGGGACUUGAUGAAGCAAUUGCAGAGAAGGGUUUUGUGUUUAAGACACCUGCAAAAGCUCCAGCGAAGUCCAAAAAGAGAAGCUCUAGUGUCAGCUUAAAGACUCCAAAACAAACUAAAGGUGUCUCAUCGGAACAUAGAGUUACUCCAAGAAAAUCACAAAGGAAGAAGAAUAAAGCUUCAUAUUUUUCAAGUGACAGUGAUGAAGAGAAUCCACCCUCAGACGACAGCGAUGAUUUCAUUCCAUCUUCUAAAACACCCAUCAAAAGAACAAGAUCAGCCAGGAAACGAGCCCUCACACCGAUCAACUAAUUUACACAACUCACUGUUGUUGAUGUUCACACUGUUCUCACAUUCUCUCUCUUUCUCUCUCUCUCUCUCUCUGCUUAUUUAAUGUCUGUUUUCCCCACACUAGUAUGGGUUAGGCAGAGAGAUGUCUGAGGCAGCAUUAGUUCAUGUAUAUGUGUAUGUAUAGAAUUGUAUGUACAUGUAUAAAUGUGUGGGUGGGUGUGUGUAUAUGCAUGUAUGGAUGUAUGUACAUGUAUGUGUGCGUAUAUGCAUGUAUGGAUGUAUGUACAUGUGUGU